AUGGACUCGAGCAAACUUCCCGAACAGGUGCCUCCAACGGCAGAUGCAAUGCCCAUCUCUGAACCGUUCGCUAUCGGUUCGCGGACUACUCUGGUUGCAGUUUCCUUGGUCCUCGCAGUCUUGAUCGCAUUUAUACUCUCGUUCACUCAGCGCAGACCGUCUUCAAAACGUACCUCGGUGCUCAUACUUGGACCUACAGAUGCUGGCAAAACGGCUCUCUACAGCGCGCUCGCGUUCGGACAAGCACUCCCUACACAUUCGUCAAUCCAAUCCAACUCGGCACUAUACACCACGUCUCAUGGCCGAACUCUGCGCUUGGUUGAUAUUCCGGGCCAUCCCAGGUUGAGGGACCAAUUUACAGACCACUUGGAGGACACGGCCGCUGUAGUUUUCGUUGUCGAUUCAGCGAGUGUUGCAAGAAACGGAACAGCCGUUGCAGAGUCAACACUUGCACUCCGUGCUACGCGCCCUCUCGUCACUACCUGCAAGUCAACAAGUCCCCCCAUUGCUCAUUCAUGCACACAAAUCCGACCUGGUGCAGAAGCAACAAGCGAUCCAACGUGUUACCGCUGUUCUCGACGCGAACUCGAAAAGAGACGCUCGGCACAGGCUGGAGGAGUUGGCGUUGAAGGAUUGGGCGAAACCGAGGGUGGUGAGGGAGAGAGCGGACUCGAGUGCACUGGCGGAAUCUUCCGGUUCGCGCAGUGGGAGGCUGGCGAUAUUACUUUUGGCGAAGGCUGGGUCAAAGUUGCUCGCGAGGACCUUGAAAAAUCCGAUAAUGAAAAAGAAAGUGCGACAGAGGAUGGGUUGGACUCGCUCCGUGAAUGGCUCGAGUCUUUGUAG